GCCCUCGCUCCUGUCCGCCAUAGCACGAAUAGGUUUGUCUGUGUAGAUGGAAUAAAGGCAUUCCUUGGGACGAAUCGCUCACUCUGCUUGAACGAUGUCGUCGGGAGGAGCUCGGCGCCUGGCGCUGCGCCUCGCUAGCCGGGCAGCGCAGCCUUGUAGCAUUGCAGAUGCUCAAAUGUACUGGGCUUCCCACUCGCGUCUCUCUUGGCUGCCGGCCGUUACCCAUGCUCGACAGUUUGCAUCAUACCCGGCGCACGUCGUGCUCAACAUGCCGUCGCUGUCGCCCACGAUGACUCAGGGCAACAUCACCAAGUGGCACAAGCAGCCGGGCGAGCAGGUGGCUCCGGGUCAGAUCCUGGCGGAGGUGGAGACGGAUAAGGCCACCAUUGAGUGGGAGGCCCAGGAGGAGGGCUUCAUGGCCAAGCACCUGGUGCCGGAAGGGGCGCGCGACAUCGCGGUGGGCACCCCGGUGGCGGUGCUGUCGGAGGAGGCGGACGGAGUGGCGGGCCUGGCGUCCUUCACCCCAGGGGCCAGCAGCAGCAGCGGUGGUAGUGCGCCGGCAGCGCAGGCGACUGAGCCCAAGGCGGCUGCGGCUGCGGCGGCUCCCGCGAAGCCCGCCGCCACCCUGCCGCCCCACCAGGUCCUCAACAUGCCCUCACUGUCGCCCACCAUGAGCCGCGGCAACAUCGUGGAGUGGAAGAAGAAGGUGGGCGACUCCGUGGCCCCGGGCGACGUGUACUGCGAGGUGGAGACGGACAAGGCCACCAUCAGCUGGGAGAGCCAGGAGGAGGGCUUCAUCGCGCGCAUCCUGCUGUCCGACGGCAGCAAGGACAUCGAGGUCGGCACCCCAGUGCUGGUGCUGGUGGAGGAGAAGGAAACGGUGCCGGCGUUCGCGGACUUUACGCCGGGCGCCCCCCAGGCGGCGGCCCCGGCCGCACCGGCCCCGACGCCUGCGCAUGUGCCCGCUGCCCCCAAGGCCGCGCCGGCCGCUGCACCGCGACCAGCUGCUCCCUCGGCGGCCGCCACCGCCUCCGCGGGCGGGCGGCUGCGCUCCAGCCCCUACGCGCGCAAGCUGGCGGCGGAGCUGGGUGUGCAGCUGCAGUCGGUGGCGGGCACGGGCCCCGGCGGCCGUGUGGUGGCGGCGGACGUCAAGUCGGCGCCCCGUGGCGCUGCCGCCGCCCCCUCGGCGGGCGCUGCUACCGCCGCACCAUCUGCUGGUGCUGCUGCUGCUGCUGGCACUGAGGGCGAGUACACGGACAUACCGCACAGCCAGAUCCGGCGUGUGGUGGCGCGGCGGCUGCUGGAGAGCAAGCAGACGGUGCCGCACUACUACCUCACCAUGGACUGCAACGUGGAGGAGCUGCUGGCUCUGCGCGAGCGCAUGAACGCGCAGCUGGCAGGUGGCGUCAAGGGUGGCGCCAAGGACGGGGCGGCCCCGGUGAAGCUGUCGGUGAACGACUUUAUCAUCAAGUCGGCCGCGCAGGCGCUCAAGGCCGUGCCAGGCGUGAACUCCAGCUGGCAGCCCGACUACAUCCGCCAGUACCGCAACGUGGACAUCAGCGUGGCGGUGCAGACGCCCGGCGGCCUGCAGGUGCCCAUCGUGCGCGACGCCGACCUCAAGUCCCUCACCGCCAUCUCCGCGGACGUGCGCGCGCUGGCGGCCAAGGCCAAGGCCGGCAAGCUGGCCCCGGAGGAUUACGUGGGCGGUACUUUCACGGUGUCCAACCUGGGCAUGUACGGCAUCAAGCAGUUCGCGGCCAUCGUCAACCCGCCGCAGGCCGCCAUUCUGGCUGUGGGCGCCUCCACGCCCACGGUGGUGCGCGGCGCGGGCGGCGUGUUCCGCGAGGUGCCGGUGCUGGCGGCCACGCUGUCGUGCGACCACCGCGUCAUCGACGGCGCCAUGGGGGCGGAGUGGCUGGCGGCCUUCAAGAACUACAUGGAGGCGCCGCUGCUGGCGCUGGCGUAGAGGGGGCGCGGAGGAGCUGAGCAGUAGGGAAGGACGGGCGUGUGCGUAAACUGAAGUAUGGGUGCAGGUGGAACCUACAAAGAGCACUUGAAUGGGUGACGUUUCGGAAAGCCUUGGUUGGGGACGCUGGGGACUACGGGCAUCGAAGUUGCCUUCCAAAGGUGGCCGAACUCGCAUGCGUCACUCGUUUGGGCUCCUGCUUUGCAACUGUAACGCUGUGUUUGUUUAAUGCAUUGAGUU